GCUUACGAUCCACCGUAUUUCUGGAAACGGCUCGAUAUUCAGUUUGUGGACGGCGUCUACGGCAGCAACUGGUACAGCAACCACAAAAUCAAAAAGCAAGAGCACAUUGGUAACAAGAUGUCUAUUCACUUAGGAAUGCCUCGCUUGAGACAAAUAAGGAUAAAGAUAGGUAAUUAUGACAUUAUUUAAAAACUUUCAUUCUUAUAAACGUAGAAUUGGUAAAAAUUAUCGUCGACGGUGAACCUAGGAGCCAGAAAAUUGUGAUGAUUAUUUAAAAUAAAGUUCACAACUUUUUUUCUGUUUUUCAAGUUAGUGCAAAUAUAGCAAAUAUUAGAACCUAAAUCAUGGAGAAGAAAAGAAAGAGAGGGAAUAAAGGGAAAAAUUGGGUAAUAAAAGAAAUAUAAGGAUAAAGAGAGGGCAGAUUCCUCUGAUUAUAACAAUGAAAUCUUCGCUCCGGUAACACGAAAGAAAAGUACACAAGGCAAUUAAAGUUUUGAGGACUGUAUUCGACAUAAAUUUACAUUUUUUUAAAUCAGAUUCUUGCAUUGUUCCAAGGAUAGUACGAGGCAUCAUAACAGGGGCUGCUAAGACCUCUAUAAUC